AUUUGGCGUGGCUCUCCGAUGGGUGUGUUUGGAUCCACACACAAUCCCCCGCUCGCUGCUGGCAUCUUCUGUCCAAAUCUCUGUUCAGUCGGCGGUCGCCCAUCAUUCCUCUCCUCCGUCUUGGCCCCCGAGCCGAUCUCGCCCUUCUUGCGGACAUGCUCCUCACGACACUUUCCAAAACCCUUGCAGUUCUGGCCACCGGCGCUGCCGGUCUGGCGCUCUCGGUCUACCUGAUGCCCAGCGCAUGGAAACGCAACCUCUUGGUUCGGGUCCUCAAGCUCGGCCCGCUGCCCGACCGAAAACUGCCCUGGUCCCGCAAAAUCUUCCCCCACGGCGAGCUCGAGCAGCUUGCAGACAACCUCUGGGGACUCUCGGGCAGCCUGCCGCCCGACGGCCCACGCCUGCCUCGACGAAUGAUUAUCUACCGCCUGCCCAAGACGGAUCGGCUCUGGAUCCACUCCCCGAUCUGCUGCACCGACAAGGUCCUUGGGCAGAUCACGGCUCUCGGCAAGGUGACCUUCAUCGUGGUUCCCAAUCCAAUGCACCGGCUGGAUGCGUUUGUCUAUGCAGAGCGCUUCCCUGAAGCCAGGGUGAUCUGUCCGCGCGAAUUCAAGGUUGCUGCCGAGCAAGCUGUUCGAGUGGAUGCCUUUGUCGAGGAUCUGUUCCCGCCGGCUGUCAGCGGGGGCUCGUCCGAGCCGAACGGACUGUCGGAAUCAGAUCCGCCUAUCCGCUACGUCGCCCCCAAGGGCUUCUACCAAGAUAUCAGCGAGCUUGGAUAUCUCCUUCGCCUGGAGAACGAGCAGCACCACGCCCUUGUGUACUGCGACACUUUCUUCAACAUCGAUCCAGAGGAGGAGCCGUGCCUGGUCUGGAUCGGCACUGCGUGCGGUUUCGGCUGCACUGCCAUCGGUCGAUUCAUUGCCGUUGAGUCUGGCCCGCAAGCCCGCGACUGGGUUGCCAAAGAUCUGGUCUCUAUCGUCCAACAGUACCGAGUUCGCAGCAUCUCGAUGGCGCACGGCAAGGAGCUGAAAGGCUCGGUCGAGGAUGUGGUCAGGGCGCUGAUCGAUGCUGCCGAGACGUUCGUCAAGGCUAGAGAAGUCAAGAAGCAAGUCUGAGCCACAGCCCACUGCACCGGCAUCUGGUCCGUAUGAUGCUCGUAAAUCCACACGGCACUGUGCCGAUUGCUGCGAGCGGUCAUGAGAUCCACGUUUGCUCUUGCGACACCCAUUCAAUACACAGUUCUUGUCGGCAUCA